UGUGUAAUACCAUUGUUACGCGAGCAGUAUAGCCAUAGUUAAGGACGACGCCCGUUAAGUCUAACGGCUGUUGCACCUAGUCACACGACAACCCUAACCGCAGUUAAUCCGCUAACAACUUUUUUCUAAAAUGGAGGUUUGCAAACCCUGUUAAUGCCGUAAACUGACAACAUGGCGGCCCUCAUGCCGGGCGCCAAUAGCUCGGCUCCCAAGCAAGUGUUUAGCCAAAGGUGGGUGAACUAGAGUGUGGCGACGAUGGAGGCGUUAAUACGAAUUUGGGAGGACAAUCUAACUGCUCUCUGGUAUAACACAAGGAACUUGGGGAUCUAUAAGUUUCUGGUGGACACUCUGAACUCUGGCCUGCCGGCAGGUGAAAGACCGUACAGCGUCAAACAAGUACGCCAAAAACUUGAAGACUUUAACAGUCAGUAUCGAAAGAUAGGGCGUUGUGGCACAACCACUGGUGCUAAAGGCAUGGAAUGGCCGUUUUAUUGGCAGCUGCAUUCUUUUCUCGGAUCACGGCCAAUCAACUACAGUGACAUGGUCGAAGAAAGUUUGGAGGUGCCAGUAGUUGACGAAGCACCAGCAGACAGUGAGGUUUUAGCUGUAUUUGACACUGAGGAGAGUGGAACCACUGCGAUAGCUGACCCUGAAACCAGCGCGGAUGAGAAUUUUACAGCGGACACCCAAGCACAAGCAGCAUACCUAUAGUACUAGCAGUACAAGCAGCAGCGGAGCAGCAAAAGACAAAGUAAAAAGCGCCCAGCAAGCGCAGGGCUGCACGACAUCCUGGCACUUUAUGAGAAAGCCGAAGAACGUGCGGGCAAGGCGGCCAGUGACAGCUUGCAGCUCAAAAGGAGCUCGUUUCACUACAAAAAUAAUCCAAUGUCUUGCAAAAGGCAUGCUUGAAAUGAUAGAUGCACACUUUUCUUCGAAGAAAACAAAGCAAUGAAUUUUA